UCUGUCUCUCUCUCUCUCUCUAGGCUGCGAACGGUUAUGUUCUGUUGUUCGACAUCCUCGGCGGGUCGGAUGAGAAGUACCUGUACGAGCCGGUCUAUCCCAAGGGCAGUGCUCGUGUUAAGGUGACUCCGGGCUAUAAGGAGGAACAGUGCGCUCCAGCUCUGACUCUCGAGAUGAAGAAACCUGUCGACCUGGAGGCUCCUAUCAGCUGUCUGCAGACGCUCCAGGAGGAUCUGUUAGUGGCGACGGCUGAUGGUUUCCUCCACAUGUUGCACUGGGACAGUGUCAGUAACGGCAGGAGAGCAGUGAACCUGUGCACCGUUCCCUUCUCCCUCGACCUGCAGUCCUCCAGAGGAGGGCCGUGUUUGGACCUGGAGGGCGUUUACAUUCGGGAUAUGGAGUAUUGCUCUACGCUGGACGGGUUUGCUGUCGUGUUCGAUGACGGGAGACUAGGGUUCAUCACGCCGACUGCAAACAGACUCGCCACUGACCAGCUGCAGGGCGUUUGGGCCGCUGAUGUCUCUGAUGGCACGUGUGUCGCCGUCAACAACAAAUACAGACUAAUGGCCUUCGGCUGCGCAAGCGGGUCAGUGUUGGUCUACAUGAUUGACAGCUCGACAGGAUCCAUGCAGCUCUCUCAUAAACUGGAGUUAACCCCUAAACACUACCCAGAUGUGUGGAAUAAAACGGGCCCGGUGAAGAUGAUCCGCUGGUCCCCCGACUGCAGUGUUGCCAUGGUGACGUGGGACUGUGGGGGCCUGUCCCUGUGGAGUGUGUUCGGGGCUCAUCUCAUCUGCACACUCGGAGAGGACUUCGCUUAUCGCUCAGACGGCACGAAGAAGGAGCCUCUGAAAAUCAGCUCUAUGAGCUGGGGUGUGGAGGGGUACCACCUGUGGGUGAUCAGCAGCUCAGACUCUACUCCUGUGGAAGGAGACGAGAAGCUCCAACAGGCCGGCAUCCUGCAGUUCCAGUUCAUCAAGAGCGCGCUGACCGUCAACCCGUGCACGAGUAACCAGGAGCAGGUGCUGCUGCAGGGAGAGGACCGCCUGUAUCUGACCUGUGGAGACCCGACUCAGGCUCACAGCGGGUCGGACAAGAGCUCGUCUCGGGACACUGGGACUCCUCUGCACCGGCCCUCGGCCUCCACGCCGCUCUCUCAGGGGCUCAGCACUUUACUGGGACACAAGCACUGGCAGGUGGUUCAGAUCCACAGCACAUAUCUGGAGACGAACUGGCCCAUCAGGUUUGCAGCGAUAGACUGGUCUGGUCAGUGUGUGGCCGUCGCCGGUCGCCGAGGAUUUGCACAUUAUUCCUUAUAUUCCAGGAAAUGGAAACUGUUUGGUAACGUCACACAGGAGCAGAAUAUGGCGGUGACGGGCGGCCUCGCGUGGUGGAACGACUUUGUUGUUAUUGCGUGUUAUAAUUUCAUCGACCGGCAGGAAGAGCUGAGGCUGUACGUGCGCUCCGCUAACCUGGAUAACGCGUUUGCUAGCGUCACCAAACUUCACGCCGACACGCUGUUGCUGAACGUGUUUCGUAACGUGGUGAUUCUGUUCCGGGCCGACUGCUCUAUCUGCCUGUACAGCAUCGAGAGACGGCACGACAGCCCGAGCCCGUCGGCCAGUGUGGAGCUGUUGCAGGAGGUCUCGAUGUCUCGUUAUAUUCCUCACCCUGGUUUAGUCGUGUCUGUGACCCUCACAUCAGUGCGGACUGAGACCGGGAUCACACUCAAAGCCCCGCAGCAGGCCUGUUCGGCUGAGAGUAUCCUGUUGAAUUUGGCUGGUCAGCUGAUCAUGCUGCAGAGAGACCGAUCCGGGCCACAGGUGCGAGAGAAGGACACGCCAGCCAAUCAGACGAUGCUGCCGUUCUGUGCGCCGGUGGUUCUGGCCCAGUGUGUGGAGAACGUGUGGACCACCUGCCGAAGCAACCGCAAGAAACGCCACCUGAUGGAGGCGCUGUGGCUCUCGUGCGGAGAGGCGGGGAUGAAGGUGUGGCUCCCUCUGUUUCCCAGAGACCACCGCAAACCCCACUCGUUCCUGUCGCGCCGCAUCAUGCUACCCUUCCACAUCAACAUCUACCCGCUAACCGUGCUCUUCGAGGACGCGCUAAUCCUCGGCGCCUCCAACGAGACCAUGCUAUUCGACGGCCUGAGCUCGUCCUCCGAGCCACUGGAGACGCUCUUCCCGUUUUGCACGGUGGAACGAACAUCUCAGAUCUAUCUCCAUCACAUCUUACGCCAGCUGCUAAUGCGUAACCUGGGCGAGCAGGCGCUCAUGCUAGCGCAGUCGUGCGCGGCGCUGCCGUACUUCCCGCACGUGCUGGAGCUCAUGGUGCACGUGGUUCUGGAGGAGGAGGCCACGUCUCGAGAGCCCAUCCCCGACCCGCUGCUGCCCACCGUGGCCAAGUUCGUCACCGAGUUCCCACUGUUCCUGCAGACCAUCGUUCACUGCGCGCGCAAGACCGAGUACGCGCUGUGGAACUACCUGUUCGCCGCCGUCGGGAACCCCAAAGACCUGUUCGAGGAGUGUCUGAUGGCGCAGGAUCUGGACACGGCCGCGUCGUACCUGAUCAUCCUGCAGAAUAUGGAGGUUCCAGCGGUGAGCCGUCAACACGCCACUCUGCUCUUCAACACGGCCCUCGAACAGGGCAAGUGGGAUCUGUGUCGUCACAUGAUCCGCUUCCUGAAGGCCAUUGGUUCAGGGGAGAACGAGACUCCGCCCAGCACACCCACCACACAGGAGCAGAGCUCUACGGGAGGCUUUGAGUUCUUCCGUAACCGCAGCAUCAGUAUGUCUCAGUCUGCCGACGGCAUCGCAGGAGGGAAGUUCAACCUGCAGAAAACCCUGAGCAUGCCCUCUGGCCCGUCCUGCAAAGGGGGCGAGCGCUGGUGUAAGGACACGGACUCCGCGGAGAACCUCUACAUUGACCUGAUGCUGUGGAGACACGCGCGGCUGCUGCUGGAGCAGGUCCGGCUGCGGGACCUCGGCUGCUUCUCCGCUCAGCUGGGCUUCGAGCUGAUUGGCUGGCUGUGUCGGGAGCGCACGCGAGUGGCUCGCGUCGAGGAUUUCGUCACCGCGCUCAAAUGCCUGCACAAGGACUUCCUGUGGCCGUUUCCUGUCAUCCCAGCAUGCUCUGUUAGCUCGCCGCUGAAGAACGGACGCUGCCGCUCAGUGUUGAGUUCUCGUUUGCUGAAGUCUCAGUCUGCGGACAGUUUGCUGAACAGUGACAUGGACACCACGCCCCCUCAGGUCACGCCAGCCAAUCACAGCUGGCUUGACGGUUUGGGGGCGGUGCCUAAGGAACUAGACUCCGCCUCCUCUCACGGAGGACCGCAGACCCAGGAGGCUUUUCUCUCUCCUCUUAUUAACAAAGGAGAGGAGUACAGCAUCGGUUCAGCCACGGACCUCACUGAGACCAGUUCAGUGGUGGAUGGUGAUUGGACGAUGGUGGAUGAGAAUUUCUCCACCCUCAGUCUCAGCCAAUCAGAGCUGGAGCACAUCUCUAUGGAGCUGGCCAAUAAAGGGCCUAACAAGAGCCAAGUGCAGCUCCGGUAUCUCCUGCACGUGUUCAUGGAGGCGGGCUGUCUGGAGUGGUGUGUGAUCAUCGGGCUGAUCUUGCGGGACGCCAGCGUGAUCAAGCAGGUGGUGGGCUUCUUGGACAGUGCCGAGGUGCCGGCUGAGACGGUGCAGAGCAUCAGAGCCGGGCUGAGGGCCGUCGACCUCUGGGUCUCCUCUGAUUGCUUGGGCUACAAGCCGUUCCUGCACCUGAUUGGCCCGCAGCUGCUGAAGCUCUCAGAGGUUCCCGAGGAGCCGGUUCAGCCGGAGCCGUUCCAGCCGAGCGGGGCCUCGGAGCCCGAGCCCAGAGCCGAGGACGCCCGCGGGGUCGUGACCUCUGCCCACCCGCUGCGACCCCGCGGGGUCGUGACCUCUGCCCACCCGCUGCCCCUGGACGGCCCCUGUGGAGCCGGCGCUCGACCCCUGGAGGACACGCCCGAGGAGCCCGAGCAGCAGGAGGCCCUGGAGGAGGGGGCGUACGACUGCACACUCUCAUGAGUGUGAGUGUG